AACAUAGGGCAUACGUUUGGUGGGCGGGAUGGGAUGUGCGGAUGUGGAGGUGGGGGUUCUUAUAAUCCGCACCUGAGGCGGAUAACAAAAUAAUCAUGACGAGAGUAAUCGAUGCCGGCUCCUGAUCGAACGUCGCGUCCGCGCUGGGGAAUCUCAUUGCGGGGCCCUGGGCUUGAGGCGCGCGCGUGUGUGCGCGCCGAGGCUGUAAAUUUUGCUCUUUUUUUUGACGCGCUCUUGUAAGCGAGUGUCAAAACAUUUUGACUAAAAACAACGCGGUGCAAUCCAAUCGCUGAUUUAUUAAGACCCUUUCGCAUCGCGAGUGGCCGCGUGGCGUGAGGCGCGGCUUGAGCCCUCGAUUGCAUCGUCGGCGGUUUUACGGCCGCGGCGGCGGCGGUGGUGGUGGUGGUGAGGGGGGGGGGGUGCGACCUCGGCCCGCAGUCGCGCUAGGCAAGACCGUGGGCUGCACCCCCCCCUCCUCGUUCCGACCAGGCCGCAAUGGGGGACCGCUGCAGCUGAUAUCAUCUGCUUAUUUAAAGCGAUAUUUAUUUUGUAAACAUUUCCACCACCGCGUAUUUCCCCCAACGGCGCUCAACACGGUAAGUGCAUUCGUCUGCUCCGAGCUUCGCUGCUGGUCGUGGAUGCUUUUGUUUGUUUACUGUUGCGCGUGAAACCGGGUUUUUUUUCCCCCGUCGUAACCUCCAAUGCUAGAUUGCAGUUCGCCGCCGCUCGCGGAUCGAGCAAGAAGGUGGGAAAACAACAGGAGACUUGAUAAUUAAUCUGUGGGCAGUCGUGCGAAUUGUGAUGAUGAUGAUGAUAAUAAUGCGGGGCUGCCCCGGUUAAGAAGAGUGAGCGGGCCGGAAGAAUUUGUUUCAGUAGCGCCGACUCGGAUAACGGACCGCAGGAAUUCACGGGGAGGGAGGAGGCGUCCGACGAUGAGCCGAGAGGGAUACUCGGACAAGGGGCAUCUCGUACCGUGGGUUUUUUUUUUUUAAAUGUUUGCACGUUCGUUCGUGCAACAGUGAUUGGGAAGCCGGAUUCGUAACAGAUUUGUCGUGAUAUAGUGGCAGAGCGGCGAGACCCGUUAUUCCCGCGUGGCUGGUUGAACGUUAACGAGAUUGCUCGGCUGUACGUGCCAGCACAACAUUUAGGAUCGGAUAAACACUCAUUCAUCAAUUACCAGCCGCCUCUGGUUUGGUAUUUUAAACUAUUUACUCCCGGGUUCUAAUCAUGUUAUUAUUUAAAAUUCGCGAUUGCUGAGCCGCAGACCCAAUAGCCCCCCCCCCCCCACAAAAAAAACGACGCGCGUCCAGCAACUAACAGCACCCAUUGAAGGUAGAAACGCCGGUUCCUAGCGACUUAAUAGGGGGCGCCUCGCGCCGCGCGCCCCGCGGGCUCCUCGCGCCGUGCGCCCCGCGGGCUCUGUGAGAGAUCUCUCGGGCGAGUCAACUGGGCAACCCCCUCCCCCGCCCACCCCCCGUGGGCCCUUCCACCGCCGUUCUUGGCGAGUCUCACGCCUCCCACGGGCUCGGCAAUCUCACGGCCCUCCUCGCGACCCCCCCCCCCCACACACACACACCGAGAGAGGGGACAGAGACGGAGGAGGAGGAGGAAGAGGGGCUGCUGUAAGGUGGAGGAGCGCCGUCGAUGGACAUGGCGAACCACGCCGCCGGCGUGGGGAGACGCAGAGCCUCCGUCAAGGACCGAUUCUCUGCCGAGGACGAGGCGCUGAGCCAGAUCGCCCGAGAGGCCGAGGCGAGGCUGGCGGCGAAGCGAGCGGCGCGCGCGGAGGCACGGGAGUUCCGCAUGCGGGACCUGGAGAAGCAGCAGAAGGAGAUGUUCCAGGUGCAAAAGGAGGACUCUGAGAGAUAUUCCCGGAGGCGGCGCUGGGCCACGCCUUCUGAGUGUAGCUUCUACCCGGGCUCGAGCUCCCGGGCCUCUUCCAGGGCCUCGUCACUGAGAGCCAGCCCCGUGUUGGAUGAGAAGAGCGACAGGGAGGGCAUGGAGCUCGUCCGGCCCACCUCGCUGUGCCGCGCUUCCUCGGGCGUCUCGGGGCUGUCGGCCGCCACCCUGGCGUCGCUGGGCAACGGAGGGGGGCCCCGGGGGGGGCCACCCGGCUGGGAGGGGGUGCGGGGGGGGCCCGCGGGUUCCUCGCGGAGGGGCAGCGGCGACACGAGCGCCUCCCUCGAGUCGGAGGCGUGCGUGCGCGAGCUCCGGGACUCGCUGGGGGAGGCGGAGGAGCGCUACCGGCGGGCGAUGGUGCGCGCCGCGCAGCUGGACAACGAGAAGGUGGCGCUGGCCUACGAGGUGGAGGCGCUGCGCGACGCCCUGGAGGGGGCCGAGGAGUCGCUCGCCCAGGAGCAACGCCGCUGUGAGCAGCACGGACUGGAGGUGGAGCGCCACAGGCAGGCCUGUUCUAUCCUGGAGCACAAGUCUACGCAGCUCCAGGCCGCACUGGCUCAGAGGGAACAGCUCAUCGAGGAAAAUGCGCGUCUCCACGCCCGCGAGUGCGAGCUCGGCAAGGAGGUGUUGGAUCUGCAGGAGACCGUGGGCUGGAAGGACAAGAAGAUAGCGGCCCUGGAGAGGCACAAGGCCUACUGUGAUAGCCUAAGAGCGGAGAGAGAUGAGCCGGGAGCUGAGGUUUGCCGUCCGCUCCACGGGAUUCAGAGGCACGGGCUGGCCGUGGUGCAGGGCUCCGUGUGUAACGGGGAGCGGGAGGAGACGGGGGCGGCGCCGCUCGCGCUGGUGUCACGGACGUCGGCGCGGAUCCUGGACGCGCUGGGAGACGGGCCCCUGGACGUGAGGCUCACGAAACUGACGGACGAGAGGGACGGACUGGAGGAGCAGGUGCGGAGGCUGAAGUCGGAGCUGGAAGCGGAGCGUCAGAAGGGGGGCGGCGUGCGGGGGGGCGAGGUGGGGGGCCCCGGCGUGGGGGGGGGCGGCGAGGCGGGGGCCCCCGACGGCGUCACCGGCGCCGGCACCGGUGACGCCGCCGUCCACGUCGCCGAGAUGCAGAGGGAGGCGCAGCGCCAAGUGAGCGAGCUCAAGUUCAAGGUGGCCAAGGCGGAGCAGGAGAAGGCGGCGCUCGAGCAGAACGUGCUGCGUCUGGAGGCACAGGCGUUGCGUCUGCGGGGGGCCGCCGAGGGCUGGGAGCGCACCGAGGACGAGCUGAAGGCGGAGCGGCGCCGCCUGCAGAGGGAGCUGCGGGCCGCCCUCGACCGCCUCGACGAGCUGCAGCUCACCAACGGGCACCUCGUGCGGCGCCUCGAGAAGAUGAAGGCCAACCGCUCCGCCCUGCUCAGCCAGCAGUAGCACGCG